AUGGCUUUUAAAUUCCUCGCAGUUUGUGCUAUUUUCGCCGUAGCCAACGCGGGUUUUCAACAACCAAUAAGCCCCGUUUAUCAUGCAGCGCCAAUCAACUUUGCACAGCCUGCGCUCUUUAAGCCUGCACAACAGCACACAGUAUAUACACAGCCGGCUUUAAUAAAAACAGCGCAGCAACCGACUGUUUUAAAAUCUUAUGCCCAGCCUACACUCGUGAAAAACUAUGUGCAACCCACAGUAGUGAAGAGUUACGCACAGCCAACAAUUGUGAAGAGUUACGCCCAACCAGCCUAUGUCAAACAGGACGAAGAGUACGCACCGGCUAACUACGAGUUCUCGUACUCCGUGCACGAUGAGCAUACUGGAGAUGUAAAGAGCCAGCACGAAACUCGCCAUGGCGACCAGGUACAGGGUCAGUACAGUCUGCUGGAUGCCGAUGGUCACCAGCGCAUCGUAGACUACACCGCUGAUGAUCAUAAUGGCUUUAACGCCGUUGUUCGACGCGAACCAACUCACGUUAAAGUUGUUCAACCUGUUCAGAAGGUUCUAGCUCAACCAACCUACACUGGACACUAUUGA